AUGGACAAUGGUACUGGGGACCAGCUUGUGGAUGGCUGGAACACUUUUCCCCCUGCAAUCUCUGUCACUCUAAAUGUCUCAUUUCGCCAGGUUCAACAGUACGCGGUACUAAUUCUAGCCGCAUAUCCAAUCUUGGUUUCUCUGCUUCGGUUCCGUCGAGUUCGAUGGCUGCACCAAAAGUACAGCUACCCCACUCGCGAGUCCCUGUCGCGUAUGACAGAUGAUGACGCCUGGGCGAUCCAGAAGGUUUUGGCCCAGCUCGAGUUCCCUUUCAUAUUUAUCAAAUCCCUGCAGUUUGCGCUUUUCAGGACGUAUGGCAUUCCUACUAUAUCAGGGCUACUCGCCAACACCAAGCAGUUGUCCGACCCGGAGCUGUCUCUCAAACGCUAUGCCGAUACGGUCGUCUUCAUUCAGGAGUUUAUAAGCCAGGCUCCAUCUUCUAUCCGGUCUUGCUCUUCCGUUGCGCGUACCAACUUUAUUCACAGUGGGUACCGCGCUUCGGGCAAAAUCCUGGAUGAUGACAUGCUGUACACGCUGGGCCUAUUUGCCAUCCAGCCAGUCCGGUUUAUCGAGAAGUAUGAAUGGCGCAGCCUGACUGAUGUCGAAAAGUGCGCUUUGGGGACGUUCUGGAAGAGCCUGGGCGAUGGUCUGGGGGUCAAGUACGAUGCUCUCCCGUCAGGAAAGACAGGCUUCCGCGACGGCCUGCACUGGCUCGAGGAAGUCGCGGCCUGGAGCGACGAUUACGAGGUCCGUUGCAUGCUUCCGAAUAUCACGAAUCACCAAACAGCCACAUACACAGCCGCGAUUCUGCUAUACAUGGUUCCCAGGCCAUUACAGCAUAUUGGGCAUAAGUUUGUGUCAUUUAUGAUGGAUGAACGCCUACGGAGGGCCAUGCUGUAUGAUGAUCCACCAGCAUCGUAUACUAAAGUGUUCUCGUUUCUCUUGUCGAUGCGUCGAUUUGCAAUGCGCUACCUAGCGCUUCCUCGGCCUUAUCUGUUUCGUUACAACAGCGUUGCGGAGCAUCCAAACGAGCAUGAUCGCCUCUUCUUGACCAAAUGGGACGCCGCACCAUACUACGUUAAGCCGACUUUCUGGAACCACUGGGGUCCUACGGCGUGGCUCACGUGGGUGAUGGGCCGCCCGCUUCCAGGGGACGAGGGGAGCAAAUACUACCCGCAAGGUUACUACAUUCCUGACGUUGGGCCUAAUCUACAUAUUUGUCUCUGCCACCCCUUUACCUUCUCCUCGCGAGUUAUGGCGUCACCGAGUCCUGAGGCCAACUCAAACGCUGCGCCUUCGAAUAAUUUCCCUCAGGAUCCUUCGGAAUUCGACAGCGAUCCCCGGGUCUCGUUCUCCAAGUUGGACGGCAAGUUCAUCCUGGAAACAGAAGACGGACAUGAGUUUGAAUACAAUACGCUGUUGAAAACCUUCCCUGUGUUCUUGUGUUCUUCUAUUUUCCUUUCAUUUCAUUUAUCAGCUAUAACUCGCAUGGAACUUGGCUGGUUCGUGAAACUGAUUCCGUGGUGGGCGCAUCUCUGCGCGCCCGUGGGUGUUCUCCAGGUCGAUGAUGACUUGCUCCGACAACAGCAAGAAGCCUACAAAGUCCAAGGUGUAGAUGAGAAUGAGGAAGUGACGGCACAGCACUUGAAGAAAAAACGGAAGCAACAGGUAGCUGCCGAUGAAGCCAACACACAGAAACAGAAGAAGCAGCGUGUAAAUACGGCCGUAUUCGUCUCGUCCAUCCCUCUUGAUGCGGAUUUCGAAGAAAUUCAGCAUGUCUUCUCCAAAUGCGGUGUCAUUGCCGAAGAAAUUGACAGUGGCCGCCCCCGGAUCAAGAUGUACAUGGAUGAUGACGGGAAGUUCAAGGGUGAAGCACUCGUCGUUUACUUCCGACCUGAGUCGGUUAAUCUCGCAAUCCAGAUGCUGGAUGAUUCAGACUUCAGAUUCGGUGUCACGGGGCCUCAGGGGCCCAUGCGAGUUCAAAUCGCGGACUUCUCUUUCAAGAGCCAGCAAGAUGCACCGACCAAAACCAGUAUGAAAGACAGGAGAAAAAUCAUUCAGAGAACGCAAAAGUUAAAUAGCAAACUCGCCGACUGGGAUGACGACGACCCAUCUACGCUACCAGAAACCAAUUCCAAGUUUGAGAAGACUGUCAUUCUGAAACACAUGUUUACCCUGAAGGAGUUGGAUGAUGAUCCGGCGGCCAUCCUAGAUAUCAAAGAGGAUAUCCGUGAAGAAUGCUCCAAAUUAGGAGAGGUGACCAAUAUUGUGUUAUAUGACAAAGAGGCCGACGGGGUUGUUAGCGUGCGCUUCAUCGAGCCCGAAGCUGCGAAGCACUGCGUCCGGGUCAUGGACGGUCGCUUCUUCGGUGGGACCCGUGUCGAGGCAUAUAUCUCAGAUGGCAGUGAGCGCUUUAAGAAGAGCAAUGAUAAACGAGCAGCAUUGGAGGAUCUAGCAGAGAGGGGAUUUGAUGCUGAGGACUCCGAGGAGGAGCAAAGGCUGAAUGAGUUUGGCACAUGGCUGGAAAGUUCUAAUGCUGAAGUUAAGUGA